CCCAAAAAAAUCAAGGUAGCGUCAUGUCUGACCUACCAUGAUCGUUUUUAACAGUCUAGUGAAGAUACAGUACAAGGAAACCUCGUAAUGUUUUAUGAGCUCCUUUUUUGACAAUUUGAUUUCUAGGAAAGGGUGCUUGAACAUGGAAGGCAGUGUUACCAUUCCUAGUCAUGUAGAGGACCUGACAAAAUGCAUGUAUGAACUACAACAGGAUGGGACAUUCUGUGAUGCAGGCCUCGAGUGCAAAGAUGGCGUCAUAUUUGUUCAUAAACUUGUUCUUAUGGCAUGCAGAAGUCCAUAUUUAAGGAAUCAAUUGGCGUCUCAAAGUCAAGGUGAAAGAAUUUAUGUCAGUCUCAAGAAUUAUUCAUUAAAAACAAUAUGCUGUUUAGUGCAGACCCUUUAUACAGGACAGUUAAACAUUUCCCAGGAGAAUGAAGUAGAUUUUAGUCAUUUGUGUGAGACGAUAGGUCUUGACAAUAUGAAAUCUGCUGCUGAAAAUUUUAUUCAGCAAGAUCGAAAUAUUCAUGAGGUCGAAAGCAUGAACCCAUUUUGUGCUGUUCAAGUUGAAGAGGAAAUAUCAGAAUCACAGGAUGGGAUUACAGCACUGGUGGCAUCUGUCAAUCAUGGACCGGAUGACAACUUAGUUGACAGUACAAACACUGUUGAUUAUGUAGAGGAUCUCAACUAUGACAACAGUGAUCUUAAAGUUGGUAGUGAUAUAGCUAAAAGAAGUCAAGAUUCCAAAGAAGAAAGGGAUGCUGAAAAAUCUUUGGAUCCACCCACAGGAAGAGAAACCAGAAGCAACAAGAGAAGAAAAAUAUUCCACAAUGAUAACAUUGCACAAGCAAAAGACAAUGCCACCUCAUCUAAUGUGGUAGAAAUAUUGGCCAUUGCAAAGCAAUUGUCUGGAAUAGAAGAAGCGCAGACAUUUAAACCUGCUUCUUCUUGCCUAGAUCAAACUAAACCCAGUUUAUGUUCAUUAUGUACAAAAGAAUUUGUAAAUGAAGAGGAAAAUGCUACAGAUCCAAGCAAGAAAGUUUGUUCAGAAUGUAUGGUUUUAUUUAGUGGAGAAACCAAUGAUGACCAAGAGAUGGGAACUAGGCCAGAUCAAACACAAAAUUACAACAGUGAAGAUGGCGGAGAAGACAGCCAAAAGGAUAGAGUUGAUUUGGAAGAGGAAUGUUUAAAGAAGACAUGUGAAGAAAGAUCACCACUUCCAGACCUUAUUUCCUUAGAAGAAGGUGACAGUGAUCCAUUAACACGGUUACAAGAACAGAUAGACAUUGAUGGAUGUGAAAACAAUGAAAUAUAUGACAGAAAGCUUAGAAAUAAGAACCAAUCAGAUAAAGUAAAGAGAGAAUCAGGUGAGACCAAUCAUGAAAAGUUGUGGCAUUGUAAAAAGUGUGAAUUUUCAACAGGUGAUAAGAAGGAACAAGAGAGACACAGAAAACAUCACUCUUACAUGGAACGAAAACUCAGAAUGUCUAAACUACUUGAACCUCCAAAAUAUUCCUGUGAUGAAUGUGGAAAUGAAUAUAAAUCAGAAGACAGUUUGAUAAAACAUCAAAAUUUAGUGCAUUCGGAUAAGCCUAUAUUGAGAUGUGUGCUUAGAGGGUGUAAAUCACGUUUUGUGGAAGAAUUUGUCUUACAAAAACAUUUGUUAUGGCACAAAUCACAAGGUGUUCUGAAAUGUAGGAAAUGUGCACAGGUAUUUGUACUAAAGGGUGCACUAAAAAGACACGAAGAUUAUUGUGUCAAAAGAUUAAUGUUUCUAUGUGACAUUUGUAAUAAAGUGUAUAAAGCCCAAAAAAAUCUCUCUGAACAUAUGAGUAAAAUGCAUUGUCAGGGGGGUAAAGGCUUCAAUUAUAGGGAAUCUUUAAAGUUUAGCAGAAAUAACAACAGUAUGACGUCUGCAGUUGAUCAGAAUAAAAGAGCAAGUAUAACAGUCGAGAAUACAAGUUUAGAAACUUCUUUGGAAGAGUUUAAUGCUGAUAAUGUUGAGGAAUUUGUUGAAGGGAUGAAUUCAAUUUUACUCACCCAGCGGAAUGAAAAAAAAUCAAAACAGACACAAGACGUUUACCGUUGUAUACAUUGUGAAUUCUCAACAGAAGAUAAAAUACAGUAUACUAAACAUAGAAAACACCAUGCUUACCUUAUUCACAAGCAAAAGAGUGCAGAACUCCAAUCACAUACUUGUGAUAAGUGUGAAACAGAGGAUAAAACUACACUUGCAUUGAAAGUUCAUACGGAAAAGGUACAUUCUAUGGUAUUUGAAUGCCUAGAGAAAGGUUGUUUUAAAUAUUUUUCGGAUGAACACAAGUUAAAUGAACAUUUAUUAGAGCAUGAAGAAACUGGUUUAACAAAAUGUGGGAAGUGUGCAAGAUCAUUUGUUACAAAACAUGAUUUGAAAGAACAUGAGAAUAGCUGCUUUCCUAACGAAAAUGGUGGUGAAAAUGAUGAUAAUAACGAUGAUGUUGAUGAUGAUGACAUGGAUGAUGAUGGUGAUGAUGAUGAUGAUGAUAUUGAGGGUAUUGUAAAAACGUUAAAUGAUGCUAUUAAAAAGAAAAGGUCAAAGGUUUUUAAAUGUGAUAAAUGUAAUUUUUCAACAAAAGAUUAUAAGAAUUAUGAAAAGCAUUCGAGCCACCAUCAUUAUUUAAAGAGGAAGGAAACAAAGAUACAUAUUUGUAGAUAUUGUGUGUUGACCUUCAGGACCAGAUCAGGAAUGAGUAAACAUGAGCUCACUUUUCAUUCGGAUCAAUUUUAUGAAUGCAAGGUUAAAUCCUGCACUAGUGUAUUUAAGUUUAAACAGCAAUUAGAAAAACACAUAUUUAAUCAUAAAAAUAGAGGUCUUUUGAAAUGCAAGAAAUGUAACAAGAAAUUUGUUUUUUAAAGCCCCUUAUAGCUCGCUGUUCAGUGUAAGUCAAGGCUCCGUAUAGAAGACCUUACUUUGACCUAUAAUGGUUUACUUUUAUGAAUUUUGACUUGGAUGGAGAGUUGUCUCAUUGGCACUCAUACCACAUCUUCUUAUAUAUAUUUACACCACAUGAAGAUAAAUGUAUAAGGAAUAUGACAGCAAAUGAACAGACUCAGUGUCACUUAUGCGGAAAACAGUUUGGAUGCAAAUCAGGAUUGUUAGGGCACAUGAGAAAACAUAAUAAUGAAAUGUUUGAUUGCUUUUGUGGAAAAAAACAUUUGACAGUAUUAAAAAUCUUAAUCAGCAUAAAAAAUGUCAUAAUGAUCCUAUGCUUAAAUCAUUUUGUGAAAAAAAGGUUUCCGAGGAGAGUGAAAAUAGUGCAGAUUCAGAUGAAAUGGAAGAUAGCACAUCUUAAAGUUCAAGUGCAAAGUAUAAUUCGAAAAGUACUAAAGCAAAGCAAACAGUAUCUGAAUAAUGGAAAUGAAGAGUGUGUUAUAGAACAUGUUUAUAUUGCAGAUUUUCACAAUUUAACACAAUUCAGGAAGAGGUGUCAGCAAAUGGUGGAAUAACAACAGAAAAUGAUGAAAAUAAUGAGUCAGAUGUGAGUAAGGAAUCUGACAUGACGUUUGGUGAUGAAGGGGAUGAAUUGAUAUUGAAGAAUAAACAAAAUGAUGGUGACAUGCUUAACAUUGGCAUUGAAUGAAUUUAUCUCUGAUUUUGUAAUAUGAAGAUAUUAGUGACUAUACGUAGUGACAUUGAAUAGUCUGACGAAUAUAUAGACACCCAAAACAAACAAAGAAGCAAACAAGUGUGAAUUUUAAGUAUUAACAUUUUUCUCGAGCAUGCGACUUAUGUCGCAGAAAGCUCGACAUAGGGAGAGUGAUCUGGCGGCUGCAGCCACGUCAGUGUUAACAAACUUCUUAAAAGCUUAAUAUUUCAGAAGGUGGAAGACCUGAAUCCUUUAUACUUUGCAUAUAGAUGCCUUAUGUUAUAAAGUUUCCGUCGGUCAUAUGUCCAUUGUUCUUGAGCUCAUUUUCAUGGUUCAGUGACUACUUAAAAAAAAAAAUUAUUCUUUAUUCAUGUUAUUUCUCUCUUAUUAUGAAUAAUAUAACUAUUUGGUAUGUGCGUACUUUGCAAAGUCCUCAUUCCCAUCAGACAGUUUUCACUUGACCCUGACCUCUAUAUAUCAGAUACUAUAAGCAAUAGGUCUACUAUAUUUGGUGUAAGAAAUGAUUGUAAGUUGAACCUGGCCAAUUGGCAGGUAUCAUCGGAACUUGACCUCAUUUCCAUGGUUCAGUAGUUAAAGUUUAGUUUUUAUGUUUUGGUCUGUUUUUCUAAUACUGUAUGCAAUAGGUCAAAUAUAUUUAGUGUAUGAAAAUAUUUUACUAUGUACAUGUCAGUCUGGCAUGUUAUAUUUGAUCGUGACCUUAUGUUUACGGUUAUUUGUAUUUGGUCUGUUUUUAUACGACUGCAUCGUCAGCGUCGUCCGAAGACGUUUGGUUUCCAGACAAUAACUUCAGUAAAUGUGAAUAGAAAUCUAUGAAAUCUUAACACAAGGUUUAUAACCACAAAAGGAAGGUUGGGAUUUUGGGGGUUAUAGUCCUAACAGUUUAGGAAUUAAAGGCCAAAAAGGGGCCCAAAUAAGCAUUUUUCUAGUUUCCAGACAAUAACUUGUGGAACGGUGUAUGGAUCUCUCUGAAAUUAUACAAUAAGUAUUCAUACCACAAAGGGAUGGUUAGGAUUGGCUUUGAGGGGUUAUGGCUCAAUCCGUUUAGGAAUUAGGGGCAAAAUAGGGGGAAAAACAAGGGUUUCCUGGUUAAUGGACUAUUAAAAAAAAAGAUUACCUCCCUUACACUGCUUUUAAUUUAUGUAUAAAGAAAUGUUGUAUUGUCUUGAGGUGAUAAGCUGUCAAUUUAUUUUUAGAAGUUACUAUUUAAAAAUGCUGAUGUAUGUCAUUUUCUAUAUUAAGACUUUUAUGAUGUAUUUAAAUGGGUAAUUAUGGUUGCAAACUCCAUUGGAAAUUUGAAUUGAGAUUAUGACCAUAUCUUGAGGGAAAAAUUAUUAUUUUUUUUUGGAAAAGGGGGGUGAAUAAAAAAUUU